AUGAACGAAAAUGGACAGGAGUCGUCUCUUUCGGAUUUUGAAGCCGCUCGGAGUAGUCUUCGACAGCGUUGGGAGUUGGCUUCUGUUCUCAAUUUCUUCAAGGUGUUUGAGCCUGUUAUAGAAAGUAAUCUGAAGAUUUCUGCUGAAGAGAUUGAGACAUCACUCAUUCAACCAAACAAAUCUCUUGCUCAGAUUCACAUAUCACUCUUAAAGGGAAUCCCACCUGUAAGUAAAAACCUAAAAGAUCCAGAUGCUUGGGUUGUAGCACUCUCUAAGAAGCUCAGCAUGUGGUGGCCAUGGGUUGCUGAGGGUGAUUUUCCAUUAACUGCAGCCAAAGGGGCUGAAAUGGAAACAUACAAGAAACUUGACCCCACAAUUCGUCUUGUAAUCCUUAAAGCACUCUGUGAGAUCAGAGCUGAUCAACAUGAUGUGGUGUCAUACAUUAAUGAAGGAGUAAAAAUCAAGAAUGAGAUGUCUACUUUCAGAAAAAUAAACAUUGGUGAUGAUGGAAAAGGCACUUCAUAUUGGUGUGAUGGAGAUGAAGUUAUUGGUUUUAGAUUGUACAAAGAAAUAAAUACUUUUAAAAAAACUGGAACAGAAACAACUGUUGGUUGUAUAUGGGAAACACUUGCAACUAACCUACAGGAGUUCCAGAAAGUUGUGGAUGAAUACUCAUCAAGUAAAUCAAAACCUGAAGUUGCUGUUAGUGUUGUAGUUGAAACUGAAAUCAUGCCUGUUCUUAAUAAACUUGAGAAGAAAAAACAAAAAGCAUUGCAGAGGAAGAGGCAUGAAGAGAGGAUUUUGAAUAAUUUCUGUAGAGUUGGAACCACACGUUCCUGUCGUAGAUCUAAACCUGUCAGUUACACUUUUGAUGAAUAUGACAAGGUCAUUAAUGAAGCCAUACGACAAACCAAGAAAAUGAAAACCAAAGAAGAACAGAAGAAUCAGAAAAAAGUAAGUUCAGUGAAGGAGGAUUCACAUUCAGAGAAAGAUCAGGAUGAUGAUGAGUCCACUGAAUCUGACUCUGAGAACAGCAAGCUUGAAAAUGGAAAUGUUUCUGAAGAUAGCAGCCAGGAUUCUGGUGAAGAAUCACAUGAAAACAAUGAAGAAGAAGAAGAAGAAGAAAACAAUGAUGAUGAAAAAGAAGAAAGUGAUGAUGAAGAAGAAGAAGAAGAAAACAAUGAUGAUGAGGAGGAAAAGAAUGGGAAUGAUAGCAGUGAAGAUGAGUUAGUUGAGAAAUCUGAAAUUGAAAAUGGAAAUUUUGUUGGGAAAAAAAGAGGUAGGAAUGAUGAUGAUGAUGAUGAUAUGGAAGAGAUGAGAAACUUUGGUGCAAAGAAAAGAAUGAGGCAAAGGCCAAAUCGUAAUUCAGCAAUUGAAUCCUCCAUUGUUCCUGAUUCUGAGGAUGAAAGUUGUUCUGGAAAUAGUGAUAGUUAG